GGGUGAUACCAAACUGUCUUUCUCUCUCCAUCCCCAAGGGAUUUUCAUGAAGGACAAAACCAUUUGUGGCACUUCAAGGUCUAGUUCCCGCAUGCCAGCCUCCUAUCAAAGAGCUACAAAGAAUGCAACAGAAAUGAGUGAGCAGGCAGUGAUCUAUGUAGACCUGAAAUUUCAAACUCCUUCCAAGCAGCAGAAGAAAAAGACACCUAAGAACACCAGGGACAAAGCAAUAAACGAGGAGGUGGUGACCUACACAGAACUGAAAUGCCAUAAUGCUUCUGAGCAACAGAGGAGGCGAAGGACUACGAACCCCCAGGGCAAAGAUUCUUCUGCUCCGGUUCCUGCAUGGUGGCUCAUAGCAUGUUUUUUGGGGAUCUUCUGCUUGGCUUUGCUCAUAGCAGUGGGGGUCUUGGCUGCAAAUGUUUUUCAGAUUUCCCUUGUACCAUGUAGACAGCAAGAUAACCUCACCCAGCACUGGGAAAUUACCCAAGGAUGGAAGUUUCUUUGUCCAGAACAUUGGUUUUCCCAUGGAGAGAAAUGUUACCACUUUUCUACUGAAUCCAAACCUUGGCUGGAGAGUCAAAAGGCCUGCUCUUCUCAUGACUCCAGGCUCCUCCUGAUAGAAAACAAAGAAGAGCUGGAUUUCAUAAGCCCUCUCGCAACUUCUCACUGGAUAGGAUUAUCACGUGACAAGACCGACAGGCCCUGGAUGUGGGUGAAUGGCACAGCUUUCUCCACAGACCAGUUUGUAGUAAAGAAAGGAUACGUUGAUGGGAACUGUGCACUUGUCACAGGUGGAGAGCUCUACUCUGGUCCAUGCAAAGAGUCAAAGCUCUAUAUUUGUGAGCAGCUGGUUCUUUUGCCAAAGCCUGACAUAUCGGCAUGAGAUGGACAAUGGAAACCACAAAAUCUGGGGCAUCCCAAACACUGUGAUAAAUAUCCCCAAAUAAAUACUACAACUCUCAUCUUUUCCUCUUCAGAGGCUGCCUUUAUGUUGUAAAAUUGUAACACACUUUGCUGUGACCACAUAUUGUUUAUGAG